CGCGACGAACGAACGAUGCCUCCUCUAGCGCCGCCGGCGCUAGGCGACAAGGGCGGCGGCUCGCGCGGCAGCAGCGGCAGGAGGCGGCGGCGGCGGGGGGCGGGGGCGGAUCGGCAGCGGUCGGCGUCGUUCCACGGCCGCGGCGUGGACCAGCGGCACCAGCUGCAGAAGCAGAGGCCCAAGACGAUGCCGGACCUGCUCGCCGGCGUGAGGGGGGCGAGCUUCCGCUCCGGGUCCCCGCCCCCGCGCGCCGGCGGCGAGGCCGGGCUGGUGAGGACGCCGAGCAAGGUGCUGGUGAGCGUGGCCGUGCAGCGCAGCCUGUGGCCGCUGCACGUCAUGGCGUCCGCCGAGUGGACCGUCGCCGACCUGGUGGCGGCCGCCGUGGCGCUCUACGUCAAGGAAGGCCGCCGGCUGCUGCUGCCGUCCGCCGACCCGGCCGCCUUCGGACUCCACUACUCCCAGUUCAGCUUGGAGAGUCUGGACCCAAAGGCGAAGGUUAUGGAACUGGGCUCCAGGAGUUUCUUCCUGUGCCCCAAAUCUUCAGCUGCCGGUCAGGCUGCUCCAUCGUCGUCCUCUAAUGGAGCAAGCGAGGCCAGCACAGUGGUGUCAGGGAACGCACCGGCUUGGCUGAACUAUAUGCAAUUCUGGCCGAUGAUGUAAUCAGCUAGCACCCCCAGCACCACCUUCCAUCCAUAGUGAGAAAGCGUCUGAUGUCCUGUAUUUUUAGGAACUAGGUCCAAAAGAAUCUCCUAGUUUGCAUUCGUGAGACAGGUGGCUACAAGAACAUUGUAAAUGUGUAACGUAUAAGGUUCAAAGGAUGAGACUACAGUGAGUGUGUAGCUAUCUAAGGUGCAUGUGCGAUUGUGCCAAAAGCCUGUGCCUCAUGUUACAUCCCACAUUCAGAAACAUAUCAAUUUUUGUGUAAUUAGAACAGUUUUAGUGG